UUGCUGAUACCGGCAACAUAAAAACAGCCUGUUCGCUGUGCCAAGCAUGAUCAAGCAAGUGCAUGGAUCACCAGCAAUAGUAUCCGUAUUAAUUGCUCCGCUAACUACAUCUCCCGAGUGGAAUUGGAGGAACUACUAGUAGCUUCCACGUUCUUGUGCGUCAGUUUUCGAAAGGAAAGCUCAGCCUGACCGAAACACGUACCAGCAAGAUGAUACCCCUUACGCGUUUUUUCUACUCGAAUUUAUUUCGCUUUGCUACCUGAUCCUGAAGUAUUGAAGAACGUUUACGGCGGAACUUACCCUCCUAGAGAAAAUGUACAGCUCGCUGUAGCGAAUUAUUUCAAAGAACUUGCUCGACGCACCGGCUUCCCGUUAUCGCCUAAACUCGCUGUUUGCGCAAGGCAGAUGAAGGAGGCGGCGUCGAGACGAACAAUCGGGCAAUCAUGAUAGAUCUAUCAGCAUCAACGCGGUCGAAGAAGACAAGGACCGCUGGCGAGCAGCUCGGUUGAAGACUCUUGUCAAGAACGGAAUCUAGUGCCCCAGGCUCCUCGGUGAGAAAUAAGUACACGGCGUCUUAGGUGGCAAGAUAAAGUUUUUCCCCCAGAGGGCUCACUCUCGGCGGAGGCGGCGAAAGUCGGCAUCAAGAAGUUAUCAAAUCGGCAGCCUAGGAGCAUGGUCUUCUUUGGGAGACGAGGAGGUAGCUCAAGCUCUACCUUGAUGUUUGGUAGAAGAAGACCAACUCAGGAGCCGCGCAACGCGGAACAAGAAGCACGAAGCAACAACGACGAUCGUGAGCGUCGUGAAGAACCCACUGGCAGGCUUGAGGAUCUUGCGCAGGAGCAGAUACACAACUUCCACGACCACGCACAGGACAACAACUAUGAUUGGCGCGGCACCUACAGCCUUCAACAGCCUGCUGAGCCUGCAGCUGCGUCGUUUAGUAGGAGAGGGAGUAUGAGCAGUGGGGGGGACGACCACAGGUGGAAUUACACGACUUACGGAAGAAAUUCCCCAAGGCGUAGUCGUCGUGCACCUGAUCAUCAUACGCAAAACACCCCAACCGCCGCGACGUCGAGCUCAUCGUCCUACCCACGGGUAGUUGUUCCGCGGGGUCACUACGGUCGGUGGGACGUCGUUUGCCCGCCGGAUGCACAACAUACUGGAAUGUCAACUCCGCCUUCAUCCGGAGGACUUGGAAUGGGUAGUGGUGGAGCAGCUGCUGGCACGACAGCUGCGCCUCCUCCCCAAGUUCUUUCUUCGUCAAGUGCUGCUGUCGCUGAGCAAGGUUUUUACCACGAGGACGAGUUUGAGCGGUACUAUCUCCGAGGUGGAAGUGACGUCGGACGACGUCUUGCAGCUACAUCGUCAGAACAGGUAGAUGCAAGACCAGCAGCGCCCGCGGGGGCCCCAUCGUCUUCCUCUCAUCCGAACCGGCCCGCAAACGGCGGCGCCCGUCGAAAUAAGGGUGGAGGUCGCGGCGGUGAAAGUGGAAAGCGAGGGGCAGAAGACACCAGUUCAGGCGGGGCUUCUGCACCACGGAUGAACAAGGGCAAAGGUGGCAGAACGAACUACAAAGGGAAGGACACGACGAGCAGGACCAGGAGAGGGGAAGGCGAGCAACAAACUACAGCCCGUUAUUUUGAAGGCCUCGAUGUUUUAUCUCGUCCUUCUGGAAGUAACACUUCCCCUGCUCCCGGUCAGGAGCCGUAUAACUACUGGUGGCACACAAGCCACGAUCAGAUGAAAAACGUAAAGGAGUCUGCAGAUCAUGAGGCGAACAUCAAAGGCCUGCGGAGCACUUCAUCCACGCGGGGAAACAAGAAAAAGAGCAACGACAUCAACUGGUGGACAGGUCGUGGAAGUGACGGCGCCACCAAGUGUGACACUUCUUACAAAGAUCGCACAGGCGCCCGAAAUCGUCCUGGACGACGAGGAGAAGUAGACUACUCGGGAAAUACAAAGCAAGGUCAGAAAAAGCUUCGGAAGGAAAAGCAGCUGCGGGAAGCGGAAGAAGAACGAAAGACGAAGACGCAACCUGCUCCGAUAGUGGACCCCUGCUACCUGGAUCCACACGUCUUGCCCUACAACGAAUUCAGGCAAUUUUGUGACGAACAAAAGACACUGAAGGAGCAAAGAAGUAAAAAGAACUUAGAUCGCAGCCGCAGUCCGCCGCUUCGUUCAAUCAACAAGUCUACUUCAUCUUUCCCUCCUCUCAUCACUACCGCAGUUGCCGGCAUGCGCGAAAAGGCAAAGGCGGAGUUGGAGGCGAAAUACAAAUACCCCAAAAGUGCAGGAGCUCCACAUGGAAAACAGCAGGAGCUCCGGUUGUGGAAUAAAGAUGAGUGCGAAGUAGAGUUUUACACCGAUAUCAGGAAGGAGCAAAUCAAACCAAGUUUUUGUGGUUUUCAGCAGCUUUUUAUGACAGUACACAAAUCCCGGGAUCCCCCUUAUUUGUCAUGCAAAAUACCCAAUCCACCCCUUGCCUCUUGGCGCUGUUUGCAUGACAAGUUCUAGUAGCCCAAAUAGAACUACAAUCCAGUGCAGAUUUGUCAUGCAAAACCGGCAUUCUUGCUGAUGCUUGUAUUGCCGCUCAUGCUAUACAAAUGAGGAAGAGGGGGAGUUGUGCACUGUCAUACUUUUCUGCGACAGAAACGGAUCGGCCGUCGAUAGUUUCAAUUUAGAUCCAAUUCAAACUUGUUGUUUUGCGAAGGACGAUUCGGAAGAUGACAAUGAUUUUGAGGAGAACAUUAAGCUAGACGAGAACAACGGCGCCGAGGAGCGUGUAAAAGGUAUAAUGCGUAAUAUGAAGCCGCACCAGAACCAGCUCACCCAAGUGGAAAAAGACCACUUACAAGCGCACUACCUGCAAAAGGCGGUUUUUGGAGCGAAAAUUUUGAAAUUCCGCUUCAACCGACACUCUCCCGAGGCGAUCUACAUCUUCGAAAUGUUUCAGCUUUUGUUUUCCGAGCCAGUGAGCUUACCCCGGGAGAGCGGUCUGAAGAAAAAACUGUACUACCUGUACCUGGAAGAUUAUUUUUGGGCUUGCGACGAACACGAUUGGCGGCUGUUUUUCGACUACGUCAUGAAAUUUUACGAAAACUGUGGGAACUACGAGGAUGUUGUUUUGAGCACGAACAAGAACAACACCUUUCGUUCUACCUCAGCACAUGUUGCAGCUUGUCGUCGUUCUUCUAAGGUGAAAUUCCUCCCGCAGAUUCCGGAGCCGAAAUUCAAACACUUCGUCUACGAGACGUUUCUAUCGCAGAUGCAGAACGAAAGGAACAAGCACCGCGCUCUAUCCUGUGUAAAAACGUCCCCGCCCCAGAGUUGUCAUGCAGAUUAGCAAGCACAGGAGCACUUGUGAUGCGCAUCCCCAAGAGAGGCAGUUCCAGUCGUGUUUUGGAACUUGUAAUGCUGUAAACAGGAUGAGGGGAUGGAGUUGCUAUGCGGAUUCCCUUGCUAAACUGCACUACACUACAGCCUGCAACUUGUCAUGCGUAACUCGCAAAACUUCUAGGUUUGUGUUGCAAAAUCUCCAUCUUGAUUAUGGGGUGGGGACGUUUUUACAUAGGAUACGCCCAGUACCUCUACGAGAAGCUCUGCCGGUUCGUCAUUUACAGCAAGGACGAGAAGCGCGACAUGCCGCCUCUUUGUCCAUUAUGCAUUGCAAAUAUGUCUGGGUCGUCUGGAAGACUGCAACUUGUGAAGCGGAUUCAUCUGGAACAGGCAAAAAUCUGUAUUGCGUAGUCAGCAAAAGGUGCCCGAUUUUUGUCUCCAGAAGAACGCAUUUGUCAUGCGGAAUAGGCAUGGAGAAGGAGAAGCUGCCACAGAGUUUGGCAUGCUCUGUGUGCAUUCCAGACCUUUUUUGUAGAUGUAAAAAAUGCAUGACAAAUGUCGGACUUCUUCCAGACCCUGACCCAGACACUUUUGCAUUUGAUAUCCAUCCUUGGUGGCCUAUCUCCGUGCCGCGGGAUUCGAUAAUAUCGAAGAGGAGCGACGACGUGGACUCCCUUGCUUUUUCCAAGACGCGUUGAGUACGCACCGCUCUUGGGUUUAUCCAAAUCCGGAUUUCGAUCGGGAAAAGCACGCAACGAUAACGAAGCAAGCGAAGCACGACUCAUUUGCGGUCGUGGAUGAUGAGAGUCCUCCAGGUGGACUACAUCAAGCGAGGUGGGCGGGAAAAAACGGCAAAGGGCAGAACAACGCGAAUCAUGCUUCGGCUUCAGUUUCAUUUUCAUCUUCGCCACGACCGCAAGGUGAUUUAUUUGAUACGAUGAACGAGAACGGCGCGUCGGCAGUCACGGCGGCCACGGUUGAAGAUCGUAAGCUGCGCCCGUCGAUCCUUUUCGAAGAGGAGAAGUUUCGAGAGAUUCUCCAUCCCGGUGGAGGGUAUUGCCCAGUAGAUACAGAUUGUCUGGGACUAGAUUUUCAGCCGCGAGCCGGAGCCGGCCUCAGCACGACCAGCAUUCCGAAUCCCGUCGAGCGUUCUGCCUGCAAGUUCUUGAUGAGGGAAAGGCCGGUGCUCGUGGGAAGAAGUUCUACAGAUUUUUAUACAAACGGACGAGGCAAAGAUCAUAUCGGCAACGCAGGCACAUCAAGAUCAACAGACACGACGACCGAUGCAGCUGCAGCUACCCUUCUGGAAGUCUUGCUCAGUCCUUCCGACCGUCUUUUCGCAAAGGAACUGAUCACCAACCUUCGCAAAGCGAGAAAGUUUUGCCGGACGGCGACGCGAAGGAAGUUGCUCAACGCUUACGCAGAUUUUUUCGAGUUUGGGAACUACGACAAAAAUGCAGUCGAACUGGGGAUGAAGGACGAAGUUUGUAGUGCAGCUCCAGAAGAACCUUUUAUCGAUGAUGGAGUCCUUUCAAGUGGAGAAAGCGACAAGGAGGUCGUUGCGUUCCAUUUACUAGACGAUGCGCUUUUUUUAAAAUGGAAAAACGUUUUUGACGCCAAAUACGCUCCAAAAUCCAUUCCGACAGGAAAACCGACUUGGCGGAUGGGCCACGGGAUCUCGGACGACCCCUCAGCAAGAGCUGCCAACCGCAGUAGUCGACAACCGUCGAAAUCAAAUUCGAGGGAUAUUAGGGACGUAGCGGCACAAGGCGCACCCGCGACUUUGGCCGCGCCAGCAGAUAGCACAGCAGGAGGAAGCCUCGGCGCGAUUAUACAGGAGGAGCAGAAGAUUGAUUCUGCUGUUUUGGUCCCAGCACACGACGAGGGUGCCAGCGUGGAGAAGAUGAAUGACAUGCUGCAAGAAUUGCUCGAAUUCGAAGGUGCGUUUGUCGGGAUGUUGGAGCUACGAGAUCCAGCCGCGGUGGCGCAAAACCGUGCGGAAGCACCGAAAACGAUUGGUGCAGACUGUGCGCUAGGAUUAGGCCAAAAUAUUUCUGCAUCGCCACGACAAAAUCAAGAUGACUACAUUGGAGCUUCGGACACGGAGGACCAGGACGACGACCUCCACUAUGCCACCCAAGAAGCCGCUUUGACUUUCUCCAACCUCCCAGAAAGGUCACCCGAAGCGGUUCUGUGUGGUCCUCGCGGCUCUACUUCUUUUUACAAGGAUUUUUACCUCCAAAGAAUUUCCUCGUUUCGCGGACCAGAUGAUGACGAAAGUUCUUUCAUAGGCUUCAGCGAAUUUGAGAAAUUUGGCGGGGACUCGGUUUCGUGUUUGAAAUUGACGGAACAAAGAGCGGAAGAUGACGACUCAAAAUCGACGAUGGCGCUGAAUUUCCUUCCGCUGCCUUGGGGCAUGGAGUGGAAUGUCAAGAACGCGGCUGAAGCUGAUCAUGGUGCUAGCGCUUCGGAGUGCCACGCGUUGAUGAUACGUCGGGGGCCCCCGCAGUCUUCACUUCCUAGGGGGCACGCGCCCUUACUGCCCGGACAAAGGAAAGAACCGCCUUCGCUUCACCUGCUCGCCGCGAUCGACUGUAAAACCGUUGCCACGACGGAGCAACAGGGCGUCAACGUGCAAAACGGCAUCCGAGCAGGCCCUCCAUCUCCUCUUGGCGAAAACUACAUCGCCAGUAGAACGAGAACAUUUCUAAAGCUGAAGCCCACUCCAAUAUUCGCCCCGCUGCCUACGGACAAAACCGAAGCGGGAAAUUACAACGCCGAGCGCAAGCCAUUAUUUGACACACAGUCGAUAAUCAAUGUCAAAGAAGUAGACUCUUCUAAAACUUCAACGUCCUGCUUUUUCGCCCAAGCCUACCCGUUCGCGCGAGAUCCGACGGUUUUGUUGAGCUGCACGGGAAACUACAACUACUACAAGUCGGCCGCCCGAUGCAAUUUUUUCACCGGAGAUGUCGACACGGUGGCGCUGCAGGCGGUUCGGAUGAAAAAGUUGGUCCAGGACAAGUUGGACACGGUUUAUUUUCGACGAAUAGUAGAAAGCUCUACUACUUCGUCUGGGCGGGAGGUUCUUGACUCCUUGUCCUUCACGAGAUUGAAUGACAAGCUGAUGUACUUGGAGAAAGACGUCUUAGACCGGUUUCUCGUCGACCCAAGGACCAUCAAAAGCGCGGAAGAACUGCAGCGGGAGAGUUGUAAAUCUUCUUCCACAUCUCCGGGGAACGCGAAUAACAAGAAGACUUCUGUCAAGCACCCCUAUGAGUUUCAAUUCAAAGGCUAUUUGGAACACGAAACCUUCGCCGGAAAAUUUGACAAGGUCGGCGGCGGUGGAGGGAAAGGUCAAGAUGCACGGCGGGGUGGACGCGGAAAAAAAUCUUCUCGAAUAGAUGGAAUAAAGAGGAACAACCGAGACGGCGACUCAGUUGGUUCUUGUCGUUUCUCCCUGCAGUGGGACGCUUUGCUUACGGAAGUUUUUACCUUGUAUACCUUCAUGUGUGGGAGUUCCGAAUUUCUGAAGGGACUAGUGCGAAGCGACGAAGGUGGGAAACAAGGUAUGACCGAGAAGAAGAACGAGGGGCACAAGAGCGACAAGAUAAACAAGCCGGUAGAUUAUGAAAACACCAGCGCGGCGGGAAAAGAGCGACCCGGUGCAGCUGGUGAAUAUGAAAAAUCGAGACCUAUGCAGGGGAAAACAACAAGCGCCGCGACGGAAACGACGGACGAUGAGAGAAGCGUAGGGGCGGAUGUUACUGAAGAUGUUCUGGAAAGCAUCAGCAACAGCGUUUGUUCCAACUUGUUUGAACGUAAGAAGCAAGUUGACCGCGCCAAAAACGAACGGCAGGCGUUGGAGCAGCUGCAGCGGAUGGUCCUGCUCCAAACUGCGCACGACGGGCUGACUGCGCUCCACGAGGCGGAGUUUGUUGCAAGUAGACCGUUUUCAGAUCAUGAUGUUAACAACACGAGGAGGGCUUCUGAUCGCACUACAAUUUCAACUUCUACAGCAGCAUCACUUACAGCAGCCUCUAACCAGCAGGAGCAACAAGAACUCCACUCCGCUCUGUAUGGAGUUCUCAAACGUUACAUUCUCAACUGUUACAUGAAUUUGUCAUGCAAAAUUACCAUGAGCCACCAGACGAUCAAGCCACCUCGCAUGACAAAUACCCAAAGGGCUAAACAGCACCUGAAUCGGUGCCGCAUUUGUGAUGCGAAAGGUGCAAGCUUGCCCCUUUCACUGUUGCGGUUCUAG